UCCCAAUACAAACCUGCUUCGCCAUCAAAAACCUGCUUUUAAGCUUCAUCUCCUCCUAACGGAAACCGCCAUUGUUACCAGCGGAUUUUUCACAGCAAUAGCGACAGUGAAAUAUGGCAGAGCCUAAUACAUCUCUUGAAACGAGUGAAAAAAUAAGCAGGCAAGCUCCUCAGUUAGUUACAGUAUUAAAGGAGAUGAAAGAAGGAUUGGAUACAGUGAGUUCAAAAGUACAAGCUUUAACUGCGAAGGUGAAAGCGGGUCACUUUCCAACAGCAGAAGGAAUAAGUUACCUUGAAACGAAGCAUCUGCUACUUCUGAAUUAUUGCCAAUCACUUGUCUAUUAUCUGCUCCGCAAGGCAAAAGGAUUCUCAAUUGAAGGGCAUCCAGUUGUUCGGAGUCUAGUCGAGAUAAGAUUAUUUUUGGAGAAGAUUCGCCCCAUUGACAAGAAACUACAGUAUCAAAUUCAGAAGCUCACAAGAGAUAGUGGCGCUGCUUCUGAGAAGUCAGUUUUAAGUGAGAAGGGAACAGAUACCCAGAAGGAGGACCUGUUGAAGUAUCGUCCAAAUCCUGAUUUGCUUGUUAGUAAAACACGUGGCACAGAGGAUGGCAGCAAUGUAUAUCGACCCCCCAAACUUGUACCUGCUCCUAUGGAAGAAGAUAAAAUGUCGAGGCAGGAGAGAAAUAAAUUGAGAAAGGAGACAAUGGACUUGCGAAAGGCUAGACAAAACCCGUUUAUGAUAGAUUUGGUGAAUAAUCUUGAAGGAAGACCCGAAGAGGUAAGGGAAGUUGUUGGAACUGAAAGUAGAGAACUCAGAGAGUACAUGGCUAAAAUGGAAGAACGUGCACGACAAGAAGAGGAGACAUUUGCUCGUGCUCCACUCACAAAAUUGGAAAAAAAGAAAAUGAAACAUCUGAAGAAGUCAAGAAAUGGGUUGCUUGGGCUGACAGAUAGUUUCUAUGACGAGAUAAAAAGUUUGCCUUUAGGGGAUGCUUCUGAACAAUCAGCAAACUUUGAUAACGGCAGCGCUGGAAUCAAACAACAGAAGAAGCGUAAGAGGAGGAAUUGAACGACUGCAAGCUUGAGUACAUCAAUAUCCAAGAAUAUAGAGACUUAGGUUGGAAUGAUCAGAAGUUCCUUGGCUCAUGUAAGAUGUACAACUUCAUCAUGAUGUUAAUUUUUGUGACUUUUAUCGCGCCAAAAUCUUGCACCAUAUUUGUUAUUGUUGUCAGCAGUUAAAACUGAAGUUUCUGGCUGCAAGGCUGAUGUGGUUUGGUUUGUAAGUUUCACUUUCGAGGUAAAAUGAAGCCUCUUAUGUUUAGUUGUAUAAUCCGUUCACAAAAUCGAAAAGGAAAUUGUAGUUCUUUAUUAAGUAAUUCUGAUCGGUAGGGGAACCAACUCUUUCUUGA